AUGUUCGCCAACAUCCUCAAUCUUUGCCUUUCGCUCAUGCCCUUGGCUGCAAACCUCGUAGCUGGAGAAGCUGCGUUCUACGGAACCAUCCCAGACAGCGAGGUCCAAACCCCGUCCUCAACCAAAGAUCCCGCAGCUUCGUGGACCACCUCCUUCAUCGCUCCUCGGUCCACCAGCAAGCCCACCGGUCCUUCUCUUGACAACCCAGUCUGGUACGCCCAAGAGACCUUCGACGAGACGCCUGCCUUUGAGAAGCGAAUCAACGCCGCCAGGAAUCAGCAGCCGAGAAUCUGCAACAAGGAAGCCGACUUCAACCCCCACCCGCCCAUCCACUCCGAUAAGCAACUCAAGGGCGCAGACUACUUUUGCAACAACUACGCCGGCUUCAUGGAGCCUGGCAUGAAGUCUCUUCGCGUCGAGUGGCAUGAUGAGUUUCAAGGCCGCCACCAGUACAAGGUCUCUUGGGCUGCGGGGUGUAUCGCCGACGGAGACAGGCAGCAUGUGAAGUACCCCAAGGGCCUUUCGAACACCAAUCCUAGCUGCAACGACUUGAUGAGGGAUAACUAUCUGCAAUGUAACAACGGUGGCGUUGGAGGCAAAGUCCAGGUGGGCUGCCUCGUUUAUGCUUACAACGGAGGGACUGUCGCCGGAAGGGAUUAUGAAUCUAUUGGGCUGUGGUGAACGGUCGAUCAAGGUCGCCCAUCUUCUUAUCGAGAUUUACGGCAUGCGAGUGGGACGGAGGGGUUACUCUUUCACUCUCAUACAAGGCAACAU